AUGGCCACCACCUGGUUGCGGCGUCACACAGGACCCUUAACUUACAACAACAUGGCGGCCAGUAGUACAAAGUCGGUUUUGUUCGUUUGCUUGGGGAAUAUUUGCAGAUCCCCCAUCGCUGAAGCAGUCUUCAGGAAGAUGGCAACUGAUGCUGGGGUUGUUGAUAAGUGGAGGAUAGACAGUGCCGCCACCUCCACCUAUGAGCUAGGAAACCCUCCAGACUACCGCGGUCAAGCCUGUAUGAAGAAACAUGACGUGCCCAUGAGGCAUGUGGCCAGGCAGGUGACCAAGGAUGAUUUCAUGAGCUUUGAGUACAUUCUCUGCAUGGAUGAGAGCAAUUUGAGUGACUUGAACAGAAAAGCAAAGUUGGUGAAAAACGCCAAGGCACAGAUUGAGCUUCUUGGUUCAUAUGACCCUCAGAAGCAGCUGAUCAUCAAAGAUCCGUAUUAUGGGAGUGACGAGGACUUUGAGAAGGUGUACGAACAGUGUGUACGUUGCUGCAAAGCAUUUCUGGAGGUGAACUCCUAACAACGUCCCACCUUAUAUGAUCUUUGUUGAAUUUGUUGGAUGAAAAAUCAACCAAAUAUGCUUUGGCUCUGUAACACAAGCACACCUCAUCAAUAUAACUGUCUUGCACGUGUCACUGAAAGAACCAGAACACUUUGUUUCAGUGUUGUAAAUGUUAUACAGACCACACAUUGUGUGCAUUUAUAAGGAUGCUGUGUGGACAUGUUUGGAGACUGUAACUUCAGGUGAUUAAUAAAAUGGAUAAAUGAGAAUGA